AGCUUCUCUCUUUGAUUUCUUGACAACUCACAGUCAUAAUGGACCCAUAUCAACAAGGAGGCCGUGGCGGUGGAUUCCCAGCACGUGGAGGUCGUGGCGGAGGUCAUGGUGGAGGAUAUCCACAAGAAGGUUAUGGUGCCGCUGCUGGUGGCUACGGUGGAUACGAUCCAUACAAUCCAUAUGGAGCCGCUGGUGGAUAUGGAAUGUAUCCAGGUCAAGGAUACCCACCACAAGAAAUGACUUCACCUUUGGAUGCCGAGAUUCAGGCAGUUUUACGAGAAAUUCAUUUGGAAGUAACUGGACUGGAAACCUCGGGUGAUCAGUUUAGAAAUGCCCGACGACUCUUAAACUCCGAGAAAGAACGUUUGGAGAACAAUAUUGAUCCAGAAUGGCUCGAAGUUGAUGUGGCCAAGCCAGUUAAGGUUUGCAAGAAGAUUCUUGUUCCGAUUUACCGUCAUCCAAACUUCAACUUCAUCGGUAAAGUUCUUGGACCGAAGGGAGCAACUCUCCAAACGCUAUGCAAGACCCACAAAUGUCAUAUUUACAUUUUGGGACGUGGAUCCACCAAGGAUCGUGAGAAGGAGGCUGAGCUUUUGGCAUCUGGAGAUCCACAACACGCUCAUUUCAGUGGGCCCCUUCACGUAAAGGUUGAAACUGUUGCUCCAGCAUACAUUGCCUACGGACGUGUCGCUGCGGUAAUUGAGGAGUUGUCAAGAAUUUUGCAACCGAUUCAUGAAGAUACAACUCCGGCUCAUUUGAAAAACGGCUCCGGAGAUGGUGAAGAAAAGGAAGACGAAGAAAAGAAAGAAGGCGGAGAAGGUGGUGGAAGAGGUGGACGCGGUGGGCGUGGAGGAUUUAGAGGAGGCUUCCGUGGAGGACGUGGAGGAUUCGGUGGACCUGGUGGACCAAUGGGAGGAAGAGGUGGAAUGGGAGGAAUGGGUGGACGAGGAAGAGGAGGCCAAGCUGCUGGAUUCCGACCAUACUAAAAACCCCAAAAAUUCACCAAACGCUCCAAAUCUGUCCAAAAAUACAAUUCUCAAAUAUUCAACCAUCCUAAUCAAAAAAUAUUCAAUAUUAAUGGAAACUAUGCCCGAAAAACGUUUUGUUUCCUUUUUAUCUUAUAUUUAUUUUUCUUGUUUCUCUCUCUCUCUCUCUCUGCUCUUUUCUUUUUAAAAUGGAUCUCCAUUCCUUUCUUGAUUUGAUCCAUGAUCAUAUCUAAUUUGAUAAUUUAUUUUGUUGAUAUCUUCCAAAAAGUUUUCAAAUAAUUUAAUCAAACGUUGAAAUAAAAUAUGUUAUUCGGGAAA